GAUACCCAUAAAUCUUUCAAGCAGAAAGACUUGUUUCUUCAGCUAGAUUCUCCCUCAAAUUCAUCAAUGAAAGAACCAGAGAAGACUCUAGUCGAGGAGAGGGAGGAGUUCAUGGUUUCACCCACAGGUGAAAACCCUACUUCCAGAACAGCCCACUUCGUCAAACCCACCUUCGGCUUCGGUGAUACACCUCUCCCGGAGCUUCCUUCAAGCUGUGUGUCCCCCGUGAAAUCCUCACUUGAGCCUCAAAAUUUGCCCUUGAGUGUCAGUUUUCAUGGGUGGAGAUCCAGGCCGGCGGGGUGGACUGCGUGGGUUGAAAAGAUGGCAGCUUUGCACGAACCUACAUGGAAAAAAGCCGGUAUUCACGAAGCAAUCCGGAAUUCGACAUAUCAAAUUAAGAGGAACACUGGUUUUCUUCUUUGGGUUGCCGAGAAAUGGUGCUGUGAUACGAAAAGUUUCGUCUUUUCUUGGGGGGAAGCUACGGUUACCCUUGAGGAUAUGAUGAUUUUGGGGGGUUACUCUGUUUUGGGGUCCCCUGUUUUCCUGCCGCUCGAAAGUUCGAAUCUGAAGGUGAUCGAAGAGAGUUUGAAGGCCUCGCGGAUUGAAAUCGUGAGGAGUAAGGCAAAGAAGGCGUGCCCUCGCCUGUGGAUGAAGAUGUUCAUGGACACUGGGAGUGAAUUCGAGCAUGAAGCAUUCCUAGUGUUUUGGUUGUCAAGGUAUGUUUUCACCAAUGCGCAUGAAACCAUUAGGGAGCACGUGUUCCCUAUUGCAAUUCAUUUAGCAAGAGGAACUAGAAUAGCCCUAGCACCUGCUGUUCUUGCUAGCAUUUAUAGAGACUUGUGCUUGUUGAGAGAUGGAAUAAGUGCUUCAGCUAAAUUAGGUAAAGAAGAGGUCCUUACACUUACUCUUUGGUCACCAUUUCAAUUAGUCCAAGCUUGGAUUUGGGAAAGAUUUGUAGAUGUAAGGCCAACCCCGAACUCAAUAGAAACUGGUCAGCCAAGAUUGGCUCGGUGGCAUGAUGUCAAUUCCAAGGUUGAGGAUGUAAUGCUGGCUCUAGACUCAGCUGGGGGGAGCUUUAAAUGGCGUCCUUAUGCUACACCAAUUGAAAAUUGGAAAUUCCCUAAGUUUUAUAGAGAAAAAGAAGCUUGGAUGUCAGUUAAUACUCGUACAGACAAAGAGCUGGAGUCCUUUACUAGAUGCUUGAGGGCCACUGAGCUAGUGGGACUUGACUGUUUAGAACAGUACCUUCCGCACCGAGUUGCAAUGCAAUUUGGGAUGGACCAAGAUAUUCCUGGUCAUGUUGCUCGAUCCAUUGAGACCCCAGAAAUUGCCUGGAGCAAUUACAAUGAACCAAUCAAUAACGGGAAACAGUAUAUUCCAUCUCGGCUUUCCAAAGAAGGUGUUACUAACCGGUACUUUGAGUGGUGGAAGCGUUCACUGAAGGAGUUGAAGGAUGCAAAUAAGAGUGUUGGGAGACCCAAAAGAAGUUUGAAGAGCUCUAAGACGUCACCUAUGACUUCCAAACAAAGGAAGCAAGGAAACCCUCCUACUUGUACUGGUUUUCAUCAGAAUAGAUCAAUAAUGGUAGUUGGGAGUCCUGAAAGAAAUAUAGAAAAGAAGGAUGCCCCUCAGAGUGUAAGAAGAAAUAAAAAGGGCGCCACUCCUGCUGAUACCAACUUUUCACUUAAAUCAAAAAGCAUGGAACAGAUUUUGAAUUACAAUGAUGUUGUUCUUCCUAGUUCUCAUGGAGAAGUUCCAAAAAAAUUAGCAGAUAAUUUGAAAGCAAAGAAGAAAAGUGAGAAGGAAUCUGCUGCUCCUGGUUUUCCUUUGGGAAGUUCAAAAGGAUCAGCACAAACUUCGAAAAGAAAGAAAGAAGGCAACAAUGAGUUUGCUUCUGCUGGUUUGUAUCCAAAGCGUCCAAAAAAAUCAGAAGUGAAUCAGAAAUCCUUAAAAGAAUCAGCAGGUUCCCAGGAUUUACCUCUGAGGAAAUCAAAAAGACUGCAGCAGAAAGUAAAACUUAAUAAGGGGAGCAAUUCCUCUGCUCCUAUUGACAGGGAGGAAGCAAGGGGUUCUCCAGAGGAUCAAAACCAGACAAUUGCAGGCAUGUCAAGAUCUUGUAAGAAACGGGGCCAUGCCAAAACUAGAGAUAAAGUGGAUAAAAAUUCACCAGGUUAUUCUCAAUGUCUCCCGUCAACAAUUGCAGAUAAUAGGGGUGUUAAUUGUUUAGAGCCAUUAGCAAUAUUGGCACAAAAGGUUAUGGAGGAUGAAGCUGCACAGAGAGCUGAAGAAGUUGCAAAUGGGGAUAAGAGAAAACUAUCAAAGGUCCAUGAUGAAACGUUGUUGGGAGGAUCAGAUAAAGGUGUGGAGGACAAUACAAAAAGUCCAGCUGAUCGCCAAAUGGUUAGCAUCAAUGGCCAGAAAGAGGGUACCAGCGCUGCAAUUGAUACAUUGGGAUUAUCACUUGAAGCUCGGAUUAGCAGGCUCGAGAGAAUGUUUGCGGAGCUGAAAGCAGCCAGAUUUGACAACAAAUAAUAACUCCAACCAGUCCUAAAACCCCAUCUAUUUCUGAUAAUUUGCUCUUGUUUAUUGCCCUUAUGUUGUAGUUCUGGAAUGUUGUUUCUAGUUUAGUUAUGUUAUACCUUGGUAUCCUCAGUUGGAUCCAUUACCCCACAGUUUAAGCUUUGAGAAUAAAUGACAAUCUUAUGUACCCAUUAGCAUCAAAAUGUACUGAAUUCGUUUGUCUCCAUUUGCUUUAUAUACUUCAUUACAGAGGUUUUAUGUGAUGUAUCAAUCUGGUUCUCUUUGGUAAACCAUUAUAAGAUUUU